AUGAAUCUAUAUAUUCAUCAUUUAAUAAGUGAGGGUAUCAAAUAUUUGUAUUAUUGGCUACACAAAGAUGAACUAAAUGAUGGAAAUCAUAAUAAAGAUAUUCAAAAUUUAUUUAAAGAAUUGGUUAAGAUAGCUGAGGAAACUUUUUUAAAUAGCACUCCUCAGAAUUAUCAUUUACAAUAUAACUUUGAUGAUUUAGAAAUAUUCAAGGACCUAUAUAAUAUUAAUGUAGAAUUUGAAAACAUAAAAGAAUCUGAUACAAAUAAUUGUAAUAGUAAUAUGUGCAAGUGUGCCAAAAAAUGUGAACAACUAUAUAAUCGGAUCAAGAACACAUGUGAAACAAAAUACGACUUUGGUUUAUAUAGUGCUUUAGAAAAAAUACGAAAAAAACUUAUUGAUGAGAAUUCAAUAAAAGAUUGCAAUAUAAAUUUACCAGACAUAUUGCCUUUAUCUCCAAUACAAACUUUAUUAGUUUCUACUUCAAUUCCUAUUGUUAUGAUUUUAUUAAUAUUUUGUUCUGUAAUUUUUAUAUAUAAGUUCACUCCAUAUCGUUCACACAUACAACGUGUCGUAAAAAGGAUAAAACAUAUAUUUAAAUAUACAGAUAAACAAAGGAAUAAAAUGCAACCAUCUGAAACAUAUGGCAAUAUUUCAUGGAAUAGGAGAUAUAAUGUUCUAUAUAAAUCUGCAUAG